AUGGAUAAAGACUGUGUGGGCUGGGGCUGGUGGCAGGCACGUAUUGCAUUGCUACUGGCACUGCCAAUACUCCUCACCGGCAUGUAUGGUACCAACUAUGUAUUCCUAGCUGCGCGUACGCCGCACAGGUGCCAUAUUCCAGAAUGUGAAGACAAUACAACACUAACGGGGCCUGUGACACAAGAAGCGUGGUCACCAUCUUGGUCUGCCUGGGCUUUACCACCAAAUUCUGAAUGCCAUCGUCACCCUACACUUGUUGGAGUCUGUAGCGAAGAUGGUUUCGAUAAUACCACUUUCCUGGAUUGCGAAGAAUUUGUGUAUCAGCAUCACACCAGUAUUAUGGCUGAGUUUAGUCUAGCAUGUCAAGAGUGGAAACGGACUCUCGUUGGUACAGUGCAUAAUGUUGGCAUGUUAGUUUCGUUGCCAAUCAUGGGCUACGUUUCUGACAGAUACGGUCGUCGAGCUGCAUUAGUGACUUGCGGCGUGGGUGCUGGUGUUGUUGGACUAAUUAAAUCUUUUGUCAAUUCAUAUCAUCUUUAUCUAGCUUCAGAAUUUUUUGAAACAGUUCUAGGUGCAAGCGUGUACCCAGCAGCUUUUGUACUAAUGAUUGAAUGGCUGGGAGUAGAACACCGAAUCCUGGCCAGUUUGCUUCUUGGAAUUCCUUUAUCACUUGGGGCCGCUUCUUUAGCACUUUUAGACUAUUUAACUGCUUACUGGCGAACUUGGGCGCGAUUUGCAUACCCACCUUCCUUUUUACUCCUUUUGUAUCCAUGGGUGUUACCAGAGAGUGUAAGAUGGCUGGUAGCUGGAGGGAAAGUUAAAGAAGCAGCUCGCGUUAUAAAGCAAGCGGCAAGAGCUAACAAUGUUUCGUUACCUGAAGGGACGCUUGACAAAAUGUUGUCAAAAGAUCAAGUAACCGAUAAAGUUUUAAAUAUUGUAGAAGAAGAAAGUAUAUUUAGAGCUUUUAUUAAGUACAGCGCAUUACGUCGUCGUUUGCUCGUCUGUUUCGCGUGGUGGUUGUGUGCAGUGUUCGUAUUUUACGGGUUAGCUGUUCGGUCUCAUGCCCUUGCUGGUUCCGCCCAUGCUAAUUACGCAUUGCUCGCCGCUGCAGAGUUGCCAGCGCUGAUUCUAAACACGCUGCUCUUAGAUCGCGCUGGAAGACGACCUUUGCUUACCGCUGCUUUCUUGUUGACAGCUGUUGCGCUAAUUGCAAUACCAUGUCUGCCUGACCAUGAAAGUGGUUUUGGCGUAGCAUUAUUCCUUGCUGGUAAGAUGGGAGCUACAAUGGCUUUAAACGCUCUGUAUGUGUAUACCGCUGAAUUGUUCCCAACGCGUGCUCGUCAGCGACUGCUUGCGGCAUGCUCAACUUGUGGCCGUAUUGGAGCAAUUCUUGCACCACAAACGCCGUUGCUUGCUCAGUACGGGGCAUGGGUUCCGACGACGUUGUUAGGCGCCCUACCGCUAGCCAGUGCGGCCCUGACUCGGUUAGUUCCCGACACAUUAGGCCGUCGCCUCCCAGACUCCUUCGCAGACCUUGACUCCUCAACAUCUGCUAUUUCUGUUUCAACUGCGCUACCCUAG